AUGAGCGGAAAGACUUACAACGUGGGUGUCAUUGGAUACGGCGCCUCUGCCAAAAUCUUCCACAUCCCCUUCCUCACACAAACACCUCAGCUUAAGCUGUACAGCAUUGUUCAGCGAUCUCCCAAGGAGGGCAACUCGGCACCACACGACUACCCCGACAUCAAGCACUAUACCGACUACAAGCAGCUGCUUGCUGACCCUGCUGUCGACCUGGUCGUCGUCAGCACGCCUCCUGGAAACCACUUUGAGCUCACCAAGGCCGCUCUCGAGGCUGGAAAGCAUGUCUUGACUGAGAAGCCCUUCGUACCCACCUCGGCCGAGGCUGAUCAGCUCAUUGACAUCGCCAAGAAGAAUGGCAAGCUCCUUAUCGUUUAUCAGAACCGACGAUGGGACAAUGACUUUGUCACUGUCAAGAAGCUCAUCUCUGAGGGAACCCUAGGCCGGAUCGUUCAGUUCGACACUCACUUUGACCGAUACCGUCCUACCCCCUCCAACAACUGGAAGCUCGACCUCACCAUCGCCCAGGGCGGUAGUGCCCUCUUUGACCUUGGUACCCAUCUCAUCGACCAGGCCUACCACCUGUUCGGCAAGCCCCAGGCUGUUCACGGCCGUCUCCUCUCUCAGCGCAGCGGCAAGUUUGACUUUGAGAACCCCGAUGGUGUUUCUGCCGAGCUCACCUACCCGGACGGCCUCCUGGUCAACAUCCGCAUCAGCGUCAUGAGCGCCGAGGCCGACCAGCCCCGAUUCUGGGUCCGCGGCACAAAGGGCAGCUUCCGCAAGUUCGGCCUCGACACCCAAGAGGAGCAGCUCCAUGCGGGCAAGAAGGCGACCGACGCCGACUUUGGCAAGGAUGACCCCAAGCACCUGAAGCUUGUGCUUGUGGGCGAUGACGGUGUUCCCAAGGAGCAGCCCGCUCCCAUCUUGGAGCCUGUCACGUACAAGGCCUUCUAUGCGCAGUUGGCCAAGGCUGUUGAGAGUGGACGGGAGGAGGAUGUGCCGGUCAGUGCGACUGAUGCUAGGGAUGUUUUGCAGUUGAUUGAGGCUGUUUUUGAGAGUGCCAAGACGGGCAAGGAUGUCACUUUUGCUUAG